ACGACUGUGACGCACAUUGCUACUCACGGCACGGUCGCUUGCAAUACACAAACACAUUGAUAGUUGUGUCGUUCAGUAUUUUAAGAAAAUUCAUAACACUGCAACUACAUUUAUAUAUAAAAAUAAAAUACCUGUGUAGAAGGAAAUGGAAAUAUUACAUCGACGAUUGUCGCUGUUAUUCGUUGGAUUCUGUUUAUUCGGACUCGUAAAAUUAGAAGAAACUUGCAGCUAUGGACAAAUGGCUUGUGCAUCGGGGGAUAAAUGUGUGCCGCUUAGUUGGAAAUGUGAUGGGGAUGCUGAUUGUCCUGACGUCUCGGAUGAAUUGAAUUGUCCUGCUCAGACUUGUGCACAAUCAGAAUUUGCCUGUGGAACUAAUGGCACCUGCAUACCAACUAAGUGGAGAUGUGACAAAGAAUUAGAUUGUGAGCACGGAGAAGAUGAAAAGAAUUGUGAAGCAUUGCAGUCAGUUUGUACUCCAAAACAGUUCUUUUGUGCAGCAGAUAAAGAGUGCAUUGAUAAUGACUGGAAAUGCGAUGAGGUGGACGACUGCUCAGAUGGAAGUGAUGAAAGCAAUUGCACUGUCAUUGACCGACAUUGUGGUGAGGCCAUGUUCACCUGCGUCAAUGGGCAGUGUAUCUCCAAGGAAUGGCAUUGUGACGGAGAUGCUGAUUGUCUUGACGGUUCUGAUGAACAAGAGUGUGAUGCCAAAUCAUGCGGCGCUGAGCAAUUCAAAUGUACUGACGGCAGUCGCUGUAUUGACCAUUCAUGGCGCUGUGAUGGCGACUUUGACUGCUCAGACCACAGUGAUGAGAAUAACUGCACAGGCUCGGAGCCCACUAGUACAGGUACAGAACAGUGUGAAACCACUGAGUUCAAGUGUGUCAACUCUGGCGAGUGCAUCCACAAGUCCUGGCAAUGUGACGGUGAUCCAGACUGUACUGACAGCUCAGACGAAGGAAAGGAAUCAAAAUGUGUUUACAAUUGCACUGAGAACCAGUUCAAGUGUUCCAACAAUGUGUGCAUUGCCAAGACCUUGCAUUGCGACCACAACAAUGACUGUAUGGAUGGGUCAGACGAAAAUAACUGCUCAACAGUGUGGAAGCAAACCUGUGAGGUGAGUGGUGGCUUUGACUGUUACCAGGACGGAACUAAGUGCAUCAGCAUGGACCAAGUCUGUGACCACAUCAGUCACUGCAUGCAUGGAGAAGACGAGACCAUGGCAGUCUGCAAAACCCAUCUUGGAAAUGGAACUGAGAAGGACCCAUGCAGCCACACACAGUGCGGAAAUCAUGCCAGGUGCAUUACAAAGCCGCUGCCCAACCGCCAGUUCAAUGCAAGCUGUGAGUGCCUUUCCGGCUACCAGAUGCAUGAAGGAUUGUGCAAGGAUAUUGACGAGUGUCAACAAGAGGGAACAUGUUCCCAGAUUUGUACAAACACUCAUGGUGGAUUCCACUGUGACUGCUAUGCGGGAUAUGUGAAGGAGAAACUUACCCAGUGUAGAGCAGAAGAGACUCCCUGGUUGAUCUUUGCCAACCGGAGAGAUAUAAGACGACUCCGCGCUGACUCCACGUUCAUGGACAUUGUAGUAGAUAGCACUCAAAACAGCAUCGGCAUUGACUUUGACCAUGAAGAUAAACUUCUGUUCUGGACAGAUGGUGCCGAAGAUACCAUCAAGAAAGCCACUAUCAAGGAUGGCAAGGACACAUUCACUAUAAAUUCACCUACGAAUAUUGUCCAUGAGGACGAGGGAGUAUUCUCGUCAGAAGGGGUUGCAGCAGACUGGCUCUUUAAGCGUAUCUACUGGACAGAGUUCAAGUCUGAUAGAAUCAUGGUGGUUGACUACGAUGGGAAAAACAAACACAUUGUGAUUCAGGACAACUUGAGUGAUCCCAGAGCCAUUGCUGUUGAUCCAGAAUAUGGAAACAUGUACUGGACCGACUGGAGCACUAAUGCCAGGAUUGAGAUGUGUGGCAUGAAUGGUGUGUGUCCUGACCGCGCUAGCACUGCCCUCACCAAGGUUGAAAACCACCAGAUGGGCUGGCCAAACGGAAUAACUAUUGAUUACGUGAGCAGGAAGGUCUACUGGAUUGAUUCCAAGCUCCACAAGAUCGGUGUGGCCGACAUGAACCUGAAGAACGCUAGGUUUAUGUUUGAAGACGCCAAGGAAAUUCAGAAGCCAUUUGCCAUCUCUGUAUUUGAGGACUCUGUCUACUGGACAGACUGGAGCACUAACUCGAUCCGCUCCGUACACAAAAUGACUGGCCAGUCCCCUCGCACCCUCAACAUCGGCUCCUACUCUGUGAUGGACAUCAAGGUCUACCACCCUCUCAAGCAGAAUACUACUCAUCUGAAGACAUUCAAGACCCUGUGUGACCAGUUGUCCUGUGAUGGCAUGUGUUUCCCAACACCCCGCAACACUAGCCAGCCAAUGGCAGUGGAAUGCAUCAAGAGCUGCAACGAUGUAAACAAGACUCUGGCCAAGGAUUGCACCCAUGUGACCGCUGCCCCCGUGCCCCCCACCACGCCCCCCACUGCAAAACCGACAGUGGUGUCAACAACCCAGAAGCCAGGCUACUCUAUCAUAACCACCACCCAGGCACCUAAGAAUGAAUCAACAGAGUCGGCUAGUGGAAGUGGGGAUCAGUCAGCGCAGUCAAUGGGCCGCAUUACGAUCAUAGUUGGCGCUAUAGUGGCUUCACUGAUAAUUGUAGCUUUUCUUGUUGGCUUCGUGGUAUGCCGACGCUAUAAGGCAAACAACAAGAAGACCUUGAACUUUGACAACCCUGUAUAUAGAAGAACCACCUUAAACAAAGACGAAUCUUGUCAUAUAACACGAGAACCUGAGAUGGAAACACUCGCAGACCAUGAGGCAGUUUGAUUUGAUAGCAUUUAGAAACUGAACAAAUCUACGGUCCAUUGCUCAUUUAGUCAACACAUUCUUCACGAUACUCCCAAAGAGACAGUCUAGAAACACCUCCAGCUAGAACAAUAACUUUGGUGGUCAUGUAGUUAUUGUGCUUGUGUUUUAUUUUCCAAUUCAUAGGGAGAUAAUGUUGUGAUAAUAUGAAGUCGGCCUCUUUCCACUUCACAAAAGUUCCAAACGGUGUAGAUUUCGGUUCAGUGGCCGUCAAUAGCCAUCACACUGUUGUGUGAUGUCGCGAAAAGGACAAAAGACUAACCACUGUGACCCUCAUUGAGGCUCUGGGUCAUUGUGAUGAUAGUGGACAUGAUGGACCCAUGUGUCUGUAUGAACAUACAAGGACUUGGGAGGUUUGUGGUUAGAACUGGACAUCGCACAUUGCCUGGACAAUUUGCGGAUAAGUGUAGGCUGUUAUUGUUGUGUUAGCUGAACAUUCCUGUGGAGUUUCGUUUUCUCGUGCCAAGCAACUUGCAAAUAUUUGAAUCCAUGUGAUAGUCUCAUCGGCUCACCAUUCUUAUUUAUAUAGUGGUUCUGAUAUUGAAACCGUAAAGAUUUGCUCUAGACUUCUACUGACAAUACUGUUGUUUCUGUGUGCAAUCAUGUUAUUUUCUGUUUGUUUGCUUUAUAGAAGAAACAGAAAUCAGUUAAAAUGCACAUAAUCAGACAUUGCGCAAAGUUUUAGCAAGGUCUUUAUCACAAUACCGGUAUUAUUAAAUAUGUGCUGCUUGUGUUUGUGUAAUUUAUCAUAUGUAUUGUUAAACGAAAUGGUGAUAAUUAACUGCCAUUCCGUGUUGUUAUUCCCAAUUUGGGAACUUUGUGUGAGUGUUACCCAAAUGAAUGUUUGAAAAACAUCCUUGUUCUUAUAGUAUGGCUUUGUAGUUCAAAAAAGUAGCAGACUUCUGCCUAUGUUUUCUUGAAGUGAAAUUGACAACACCAGGUUGAAGUAAUUGCAAUGGGAUAUUGGUGCUUAUCACAUACAUAGCUUGGUCAUAGAAUUUAUUUAUAAUGUGUAGUAAGUGAUGCUGUUGUGUGUUGCACUUAAGCAUAAUACUGCCUGGAUCGUCUAAAAAUGUAUCUUCAUUUAUGUUGAUAAUUAUCAUUUGUUAUUUUGUUCGAGUCAUAAGAUAAUGGCCAUUUUCCAUGUAAAAACCCAAUCAAAUUGUUAUGAUUACAUGUAACUUGUUUACAAUAGGUCAAUUAUUAUACUUUGUAUUGGUCUUCAGUUUCUGAUGUAUGUUUGUCAGCUAUAAUUGAUUUUGUAAUUGAGUACAUUCUACUUAUACUUACUAUACUUAUAGAACUAUCAAUUGCUUGGUUGCGAAGAAAUAUUUCAUAAUGUAUCACAUAUUCAUAGUAAUUUGUAUGAUGAUCUAUAUCAUUAACAUUUUGUUUCUGACAGCUGUGUUUAAAGGUCUGCAUAUAUUCACUCGCGUAUUAAUUAUAAUUUAUAUCUACAGCUUACCUAAGUCGAAUAGUUAUAAAAAUAUCAGAGAAUCUCUCUUUAUUAUACGUUGAAGAUUUAUUUUGUUUUCAUUACUUUUGUAUUUUUGUUACUUUACUCGCUAUCUUGUUUUUGUACAUAGUCUGUAAAUAGUGUACAUAAAAUGUCUUGUUACCAAAUCGACUACAAGUCUUCGUUUGUUUGAAAGCGCUAGAAAAUUUGACUGAAAGUUAUAUAUGCCGUGAAAAAUGGUACAUAGAUAUGGUGCAUAUAUGUAGAUAUGAAAAUAGUGCUUGGGAGUUUGCUGAUGUUAAUCAACUUGUCACAAGCCUGAAGGUCACAAAAUAAUAAUAAUAAAACGAUGGGUCUAAAAUAAAGUAAAUUCAGCUUCAACAUGUGGAUUAUAUUGUUAAAUCUGUUUUACUUUACUAAAAUCCAUUUUUGUGAUGUACAAGCUCACAGUGAUACUUUGGUCAUCGUCAGCAAAUAAAUUAUUUAUUGUUUAUAAAUGUGUAAGUGCGAAUGUUAUUAAAUGUCUAUGUGUUUUGAAAAUCAGUGCUACUUUUAAUAUGACCAUACAAUUAAAAUUGAACAAUGA